CAACGAGAUUUUUAGUAAUAUUCAAUAUUAAUGAUGAUUAUUAUUUAUCAAUCAUUACAAACAUGUUAAUAUUAAGAUGGCUUCAUUCAUUCAUCUUUUUAAAAAGUAUUUUAACGCAACAAAAGCAAACCAAAUCAUUAGAAGAGUUAGAAUUGCACUAUGAAGAUGAAAAAAAUUCUAUGAUUGCAAUUACGGAAACAGAUGAUGUUAUUUACGAGGACUUUUACGAUGAAGUGGAUAAUAGAAUAAAAACUGAUAAUUCAAUGGACAUUAUCUUUUUUGGACCACCCAGGUCCUUUUUAAGAUUAGAUCCAGAAACAAUUUUACAUCUAUUAUCAAAUACUAAAAAGGCUUUUAUUCCAAUAUCCAGAGCUUUGUUAGCAUGGGAUAUUGUUACUGAUGGGAAAACAGCAGCAUUUUUGCAGGGUAGAGAAUUUUUGGCCUUUGAAAGGCUAUUGAAUGUAAUUCCUGAGGAAGAUUUGUACUACGUGGAUUUUGGAGACCCAUCCGUUUUUAACUAUUUUUCAAAACGUUAUGUACCUCUUGAAAACAGAAAGUUCGGAAUACUUGCUGCAGCAUACAGACGCUAUUACGGCAAUGAUUGGUAUAAAAGUGGUUCGCAAAUAAAUGAGCUGGGCUAUUUAAUUUGUGGAUUUCCUUCGCAUGAUUUACAAAGGAUAGCACCAAAGACAUUUAAAGAACUUACAUUUGAUGUAUUAAGUAAGCUCUAUAGGUGUAGCGUGAAACAAACAAAGACUCUAUAUAACAUUGCUACACAUCCUGAUGCAUAUGGAGAGCCAUAUAAGUGGUCGUCACAUGAAGUUGGAAGACUCAAUAUUUUAUUUAAUUGUAUACCGAAAGAACAAAUCAGUUCUAUACAAUUGGAAGCAAUUACAGCAAUUAGUCCCAAAGUCAUAAAGCAUAUGAAUCAGAAAAAACUCGGAUUCUUUACAAAACAACAAAUUCUAAGAAUGAACCCAAAAACUCGACGUAUUUAUAUUUUAAGAAUACAAUUAAAAAAUAGUCUUGAUACUAUGAAUCAAUAUGAAUUGUCAUCAAGAUUACUAUCGCUGAUGGAAAAUAAUCCUUCUUAUACAUUAACCCAAAUAAAUGGCCAAAGAAUUUUUAAAAAAGCAGUCCAAGCAUGGAGUGGCCCGGAGCCUUCAAGGAAUUGUGAGAUCUUCAUCGGCCGCAUUCCUCACGACUGCUUCGAGGACACGCUGGUGCCGCUGUUCUGGCAGGCGGGGCAGCUGUUCGAGUUCCGUCUCAUGAUUAACUUCUCCGGAUGGAAUCGCGGGUAUGCCUUCGCGAUGUAUGCUACAGUGGCUGAGGCGAGCAACGCUAUACACAUGUUCAACAACUACAUGAUCAGACCAUCGUGGCAACUGGGUGUAUGCCCGUCGGUCAACAACUGCCGCAUAUUCAUAUCGCGGAUCCCGGCGGCGAUGCCGUCUGACGAGAUCGUGCGCCUGCUGUACGCACUAACGGACGAGGUUGAGGAAGUCCGCAUCCGCCGCUCGCCGGCGUCCUGCGCGGCCAUAGUGGAGUACCGCUCGCACCGCGGCGCGGCGAUGGCCCGCAAGACUUUGGCCGCGGCGGCCGCUGCGGCGUGGGGCAGCGGCGCGCGGCCUGCGGUGGACUGGUCGCUGCCGCAGUCGCCGCAACUUUUGCGGCAGUAUCGCGAGAUAGGUCGCUGGAGUCUGGAGCGCGGCGUGGAACUGGUCCACGUGGAGGAGGGCCCGGCUGCCUCCAACGCUGGCGCCAGCUCCUACUCGCUGGAGCGCGGCUCGCAGGCGCGGCGUCUGCGCAUGAUACGCGAGGCGCAGCGCACUGCGGCGCUGCAGCACAACGCGCAACAUGUGCGCUCCGCCAGCGUUGGGCACGCUUCCGCCGACGAUUGGUCCAGCCAAAUGUACGGCAUGCCCUGUAUGUCUUCGCUGAACAUGGCGCUCGGCUCGGAGGUGUGGGGUGCCCCAGACCCGCCCGCGCCGCGUGCAGCCACGUCCUCCUCUCAUGACUUCAACCCCUGGACCACUAAGAACCCGCUCGAGGAGUUCAUGCUGCCCAAGAACCAGGAUGACAAGGAGGAUCAGGAUGUUUCUGCGUGGCGUGCCUGGUCACGAAGCGCGUGUCGAGCGACGACGAGGCGCGGCUGGCGCUGCUGCUGCAGAAGCUGUCGCGCGAGUGGUCGCUGCUCACGUCGGUCACGUGGGACAACAUCGGCGGCGCCUUCGCUGACGCGGUGUAUGGAGGUUAUGUCAUCAUAACAUUCGCUUUGAUAUUGGGAAGAGUCUUCCAUGAGAUUCCCAAGGGGCGACGGAUACUCGAGAGUGUCUUACUUGGCUUUGGAAUGCUCUUCUUCCUUGUUUUGGGUGGUCUAGAGCUGGCUUCUCUAGACUCAGUUCCAUACAAUUUGAUAGUGAAUGCAUCAGUGCUGGGUUCGUUCUCAUUGGUCGUCGCUGUUCUAUUCCUCAUAGACCUCAUGGCUCCUAGAAUCUACACAGCUACUCGGCC